CUUCCAAUCACAUGAUAUUGGAUUUCGAUUUUGUCUCUACUCUUCUUUCACAAUCUGGACAAAAUGACAAAACUCACCGGAUUAAAAGAGAGAGAACGACCCUCUUCUCGCAAUUUUCCCUCAAAAGUUCCCCCCUCCAAAGUCUUCCUUCCAAGUUCCAGCUUUAGCAAACCAGGUGUUCGACGAAACUCCAAUACUGAGUGAUCUCCCAUUGUGAUUGUCAAAUUUUUGUGGGUUUGCUCCUAACACUGAAAAUUCACAACUUUAAUCUUUAUUUUUCCAUUGAAAGAGCUCAAAACGAGCCUUUUGGCCUCUGGGUCCCAAAUAUGAGCAUGACCAAUUCUCUUUGUGGAAGCAUGGGGUCUCUCAAGAGUGAGAAUUCCUGCUCCAAAUUUAUGCAACCAACUUCUCCAAACGGUGCAGACUCAGUUUCUGAGGCAACUUCUAAUGCAAAAACUGCCGCUGCUCCUCCAUCAACGGAUUUGGAGCCAAAUGGAGCAUUAACCCCACCAAGCCUGAAUUUGCCAGCCGUGAAGUUUGAGUUAGAUGGAGAAGUGGAAAUCAAUUCACCAGACAGUUCUAUAUGGGAGACCUUUUUCUCUGAUCAUGUUGAAGGUGACUUCAUGAUCUCAUCUCCUGUGAGAAAUCAAUCCCCCAGAGCUUAUAAUGGCAAUUACUUUCAUGCCCUGCAAGGGCAGAGUACUCCGACUGGGUGUUCUCCUCCUCGAAGCUUGUCUCAGCUUGGGACAUUUGGCAGCAUAAACCACAAAGGGAAAGGCCAGAGUCCACUUCAUAAAGUCGUUAAUUCUCCGAAUAAUAAUCACUUCAUGCAAAUUGAGAGCCUUUCAUUGCCAUCUAUGGAUGAUUUCUUGGAUGAUUAUGAUAGAUCAGGAGAUGGGUAUGAAGGAUAUGGAGUUACAAAACAAUUGUUUGAUAUGCAUAGCUCAGUUGCUCCUCCUCCAUCAUUGUUGGAUGGCUUGUCAUUGCAGGGUAGCUCGAGGUUUUGUGCAGAGACAUCCUCAGGAGGAGGUUCUCAACUGACUCAAGAUAGGGAUAUUUAUAACCAGACUAGCACCAUUGAAACUGCACCAUUGUCACAGCAACUGCAACAAGAACAUCAGCAAGAGAAGAACCAACCAUCAACCUCAUCAACACCACCACCAUCUCAGCAGGUUAACCAUGGCUUGAUGGUGCCUCUCCCUAUCGGUUCUGAACAGGAUCAGGACAGUGGGCUUCAACUGGUUCACCUUCUUCUAGCUUGUGCUGAAGCAGUGGCCAAGGAAGACUACAUGUUAGCCAGAAGAUACCUCCACCACCUCAAUCGAAUCGUCACACCGCUUGGCGAUUCAAUGCAACGAGUAGCAUCUUGCUUCACAGAAGCCUUAAGUGCUCGUCUUGCUGCAACACUAACCACAAAGCCAAGUACUUCCUCGUCAUCGCCAAAACCCUUCUCCCCUUUCCCACCAAACUCCCUUGAAAUCCUCAAGAUCUAUCAAAUCCUCUACCAAGCUUGUCCUUACAUAAAAUUCGCUCACUUCACAGCCAAUCAAGCUAUCUUUGAAGCCUUUGAAGCUGAGGAACGUGUACAUGUUAUUGACCUUGACAUCCUUCAAGGCUAUCAAUGGCCAGCUUUUAUGCAAGCAUUAGCUGCUCGACCUGGUGGAGCUCCAUUUCUCCGGAUAACUGGAGUUGGACCCUCCAUCGAAUCAGUUCGAGAGACAGGCCGGUGUUUGGCAGAGCUCGCCCACUCUCUCCACGUCCCAUUUGAGUUCCACCCAGUCGGGGAAGAACUUGAAGACCUUAAACCCCACAUGUUUAACAGAAGAGUUGGUGAGGCUCUGGCGGUUAAUUCGGUUAACCGACUCCACCGUGUUCCUAGUAACUAUCUAGGGCCACUUCUUGCAAUGAUCCGUGACCAAGCACCAAAUAUAGUGACCCUAGUUGAACAAGAAGCUAAUCAUAAUGGACCUUAUUUCUUAGGCAGAUUUUUAGAGGCUUUGCACUAUUAUUCGGCGUUUUUUGAUUCACUAGAUGCCACGUUUCCACCAGAUUCAGCGCAGAGAGCGAAGGUGGAGCAGUAUAUAUUUGCGCCGGAGAUAAGGAACAUAGUGGCAUGUGAAGGGAGGGAGAGGACAAUGAGGCAUGAAAGGCUUGAGAAAUGGAGGAAAUUAAUGGAAGGUAAAGGAUUUAAAGGAGUUCCAUUGAGUGCUAAUGCAGUAACACAAUCCAAGAUCUUGUUGGGUUUGUAUUCUUGUGAUGGGUAUCGAUUGACAGAAGAUAAGGGUUGCCUGCUUUUAGGGUGGCAAGAUAGAGCAAUACUUGCUGCCUCUGCUUGGCGAUGUUAAAAAUGCUUUAAUGAAAGCUGCUUCACAUGCAUGGAUGCUAGCUUUUUCUAUACGUGUAUGGAUUUAAGAAAGAGAAUUAAUUCUAGGUUCUUUCGUUU